UCCUAAUAUCCAUCUUCCUUCAGCAUCUUUCCUCAGAAUCGAUAAUAUUUCUCUCGGUGGUUCUGUAAGUAUUUGGAGAUCGUCCCCUCUUAUCAGAGCUAAAUUUGCAAGGCGAUCGGCGCAUCUGUUUCCCUGACGCCAGGAAUCCACAUUUGCAGUUGCAAUUGUUGUCUUGGAUGUGGCCACCGCUGUUGCUUUUCUGGUGUUUCCCCUACAGACGUCAUCUGUGUUGAGUAUCCAGGAGUCUUCCAGUGGUCUUCUCCAUUUGGCUCAUCUUGGUUCCUCGAACUCUCUCACAUUGAUUUUAAAGAAGGAUAGUUAAUCUAGUUAUGUCUGGAAGAAAUCGUGGGCCACCGCCUCUGCCGAAGAAAGGGCCUCCUCAUCCCGGAUUACUGCCUCCAGUACAUGAACCUCCAUAUGCAAGAGGGCUAGGACCAAGGCCACCACAUCCAGCCUUACUUGAUGAAUUACGUGAAAACCAAUUUGGGUUGGGAGCGUUGGGUCCUAGAGGCCUCCCUCCCCACCCUGCGAUCUUUGAGGAUCCUCUUGCAGCUCAACUGCAAGAUAUUCAAGGCCUCCUAGCGGACAACCAGAGUCUGGCAGCUACUCAUGUUGCAUUAAAACAAGAACUGGAGGCUGCUCAGCAUGAGUUACAUCGCAUGGCUCAAUAUGCAGAUUCUUUGAGAGGGGAGAAGGAUGCUCAGAUGAAGGAGAUGUAUGAUAAGUCAGUUCGAUUGGAAGUUGAUCUUCGUGGGGUGGAGUCCAUGCGAGCUGAGCUUGUUAAGGUUAAUGCUGAUAUUAAGCAGCUUAAUGCUGUGAGGCAGGAUCUGACAGGUCAGGUUCAAGUCAUGAGUCAAGAUUUGGCUAGAUUUACUGGAGAAUUGCAACAGGCUCCUACGUUGAAGGCAGAGAUUGAAAAUGUGAAACAGGAACUUCAUCGUGCAAGAUCUGCCAUUGAGUAUGAGAAGAAAGGAUAUGCGGAGAAUUAUGAACAUGGUCAAGUGAUGGAGAAAAAAUUGAUCUCAAUGGCUCGGGAGUUGGAAAAACUUCGUGCAGAGAUUGCGAAUGCGAAUGCAGGGAAGAGAAGUCAUGCUGCUUCUGGUAGUGGUGGUAAUCAAGUAGUAGCAAGUUAUAAAGCAAAUUAUGGGAACCCUGAAGCUGGAUAUACUGGGAACACUUAUCCUGUCACCUAUGGCAUUAAUCCUGGUGGCGUGGAUGGUUAUCCUCAGUACGGACCUGGUGCUUGGGGUGCAUAUGACAUGCAGAGAGAUCAAGGACAUCGCUAGUGUGAUUUUUACAUUCAUGCUGCAACUGAUUAGUUCUCUAGGCUUGGGAAGUGUUAUAAAAUGAUAGGCUUCUGGAAUUGUACCCAAAAAAUGUGAUAAUUUAUACUAGCUUGAAAUUUCUGUAUGCUGUUUUCUGCUUGAUAUUAUCUGCUGCAAAUAUUUUGUCAGUUCUUUUAUGAUAAAAAUAUAUCAAUUUGAUAA